AUGCCUCUCUCAAGGAUCUCCUACGUGCUUUCAGUGCUCACUGUUAUUCCUUUAUCUUUUGCCUCACAACACAUUCAUUCAAGGCAUCACCGUCGCCAAAGCCUCACUGUCCCUACUACUCUUCCCAACACAUGGACCUCGCAAGGAUGCGUCACUGAUUCUGUCGGUGCGCGAACCUUAGGGGGCGCGUCGUACACCGAUGGUGCUGGCAUGACGAUUGAGUCAUGCAUCGCUUUCUGUGAUUCAAAAUCUUUCACCUUUUCUGGGGUGGAAUAUAGCGAUCAAUGCUACUGCGGAAACUCAAUACUAAUUGGAGCAGUCAACGCGACCGAAUCUGACUGCAAUAUGCCAUGCGCUGGAGAUUCUGCCGAGCCAUGUGGUGCUGCCAAUCGUCUUAACGUAUUUUGGAAUGGCAAAAGCUCUUCUGCCCCCAUCAUCGUCCCUAGCGUUGGGAACUGGGUUUCACUCGGAUGCUAUAGUGAUAACGUUGAUGGGCGAGCCCUUCCUAUUGCAGGUGCGGUCACUGGUCAGGUCACUAUCGAAUCAUGCACUACUGCCUGCUUCAACGCCGGAUAUCAAUUCUCUGGGGCGGAAUACGCUGACGAAUGUUAUUGCAAUACCGCAAUCGUCAAUGGUGGAGCACCAGCAGAGGCAGGGGACUGCAAUAUGCUCUGCGCUGGCAACAGCACCGAGUACUGUGGAGGACCAAAUAGGCUCAACAUGUACAACUAUACCGGCACCGAUCUUCCAACAAUUACCGGUGGCGGAGGUGGGGGUGGAGGAGGAGGUGGUGGUGGUGGUGGUGGUGGUGGUGGUAAAACCACGACCGUUUUCCCAGUUCUUACGGGCCUUCCAACAAACUGGGCUUAUAAUGCUUGUUGGGUAGAUAAUGCAUUUGGUCGAAUCGGCCCUGUCACAAUCGCCGGAAAUCCAGCCAACACCGUUGAGCUCUGCAUAAAUGAAUGCAUAUCGCAAGGUUACACCCUCGCCGGAAUGGAAUACGCUGAUGAAUGCUAUUGCGGUGAUAAUAUUGUUGCCGGAGCUGUUAUCGCGACGGAUAACGACUGUAAUAUGGGAUGUGCAGGAAACGCUACGGAAGCUUGUGGUGGGCCUAACCGUCUGUCGGUCUAUUCUAAUGAGACUGUGGUGGCCUUGCCCGUUCCGGUUGCCCAGAAGACUGACCUUCCAGGAAGUUGGACAUACGCAGGAUGUUUAAGGGAACCCACCACGACCAAGAUGUUCCCUAAUCAAAUCAUUUGGCCUGGGAACAAUUCUGCUGUGGCUUGCAUGAACCAGUGCGCUGCAUUUGGGUACCCUGCAUCCGGUGUUGAAUAUGGCGAAGAAUGCUAUUGUGGUGAUAUCACAGAUGUUGCCGCAAACGACGGCGUUUUCGGAGCAGAGUCCGAGUGCACAAUGCCUUGUCCUGGCGACCCUCUUCAUCUUUGUGGCGCAGGAAAUCGUCUCAACACUUAUUUCUGGAGUGGCACUUUGAAUGUCUGGCACACGCCAACUAACAUUGGCCGAUAUGAGUUCUUUGUUCCUGGUGUUGUUGUUCCCUUGAUCGCAACUCUUGGUAGAAACGGUAAAGUCACUUUCCUCGAAAAAGGUGGUACUGGCUUCCCUAACUCCACGGGCGCAUACGAGUUGGAUCUCAGCCUAUCAAGCAACUUUUCGGCCAUGUGGCGAGAGAUGCACAUCAAAACCGACGUCUUUUGCUCCGGAAGCAUUGUUAUGCCGGACAAAGCAGCCCGCAUCAUCAAUGUGGGUGGAUGGUCUUUGGACUCAACCUUUGGUGUUCGGAUGUACACGCCCGAUGGAGGACCCGGCGUGAACUCGACUAAUGAUUGGGAGGAGGAUCGGCAAGAGCUUUCGCUUCAACGUCAGCGCUGGUACCCAACGGCAGCAACUUUGUCUAAUGGCACAAUCAUGGUUAUUGGCGGAGAGACAGGAAGCAAUGCGUCUCCCGAACCCAACAUGGAAAUUCUUCCCAAACCUGCUGGAGGUGAAACCGUGAUUUUUCUUGAGUGGCUCAAUCGAACCGACCCCAACAAUCUAUAUCCCUUCGUCAUCAUCCUUCCCAGUACUCACGUCUUCGUUGCUUACUAUAAUGAGGCCCGGAUCCUUGAUCCAGUCACAUUCGACACGAUACUCCAGCUCCCGAACAUCCCUGGUGCCGUCAACGAUUUCCUCGCUGGCCGUACAUAUCCUCUAGAGGGUUCGGCGGUUCCCCUUCCACAACAUGCACCCUAUACAGACCCACUUGAGGUUUUGAUUUGUGGUGGAUCUACUAUUGGUGCUGGAAUCGCACUAGACAACUGCGUGACUAUUGCUCCGGAGGCUUCGAACCCCACAUGGACAUUAGAAAGGAUGGCAAGUCGGCCCUCUUCCAAGAUCUGGCCUCACAAUCCUGACUACGUUUCGCAGCCUUCCAAGCGUGUUAUGCCAUGCAUGGUCGCCUUGCCGGACGGUACUUACAUGAUAAUGAACGGAGCUCACCAAGGAGUCGCAGGUUUUGGUUUAGCUAACGACCCGAACUUCAAUGCUGUCUUAUACGACCCGACCCUGCCCGUUGGCCAACGCAUGGCCAUCCUCAACAGCACUAUCGUCGCCCGCAUGUAUCAUUCAGAGGCGAUUCUGUUACCUGACGGACGUAUUCUUGUCUCAGGUUCUGAUCCUCAAACCAAUAACCCUGAUGGCACCGUCAAGUAUCCAGAAGAAUUCCGCAUUGAGGUUUACAUUCCACCAUACCUCAAUCAAGGAUUUCAGCAACCAACCUUUACGGCCCCGAACACCGAUUGGGCUUAUGGUGAAACAGUCACUAUCACAAACGUGCAGCUUUUCCAGGGAACCACCGCGACAUUGCGCGUAUCCCUUAUUGCUGCUACAUCGAGUACCCACGGAAACACUAUGGGAGCGCGGACGAUCUUCCCCGCCUUCUCAUGUUCCGGAACCAUAUGUACAAUCACUGCACCUCCGAAUGCCGGCGUCUCACCACCAGGUUGGCACCAGCUAUUCAUUUUAGAUGGACCAACGCCCUCCCAUUCAACCUGGGUCCGUAUUGGAGGAGAUCCAUCGCAAUUGGGCAACUGGCCACAGCUCCGAGGUUUCACCACCCCCGGUAUCUAA